CACUGAUAAUCAGGGCACUGAUGAUCAGUGUGGCCCCAGAAGUGCCACUUGUCAGUGCUCAUCUGUGCCACGUGCCAGUGCCCAUCAGUGCCACAUCAAUGCCACAUAUCAGUGCAUACCAGUGCACAUCAAUGCCACAUAUCAGUGCCCAUCUGAGCUGCCUUUCAAUGUCACCCAUCAGUGCCAGUCAGUGCCACCUAUCAGUGCUGCCAAUCAGUGCCACCUAUCAGUGCCAUCAGUGCCGCCUAUCAGUGCCAGUCAGUGCUGCCUAUCAG